GUGCAAGGUAGAGAGUGGCUCCGGUGAGAGCGAAUGAAGUAAAAAACUUCCUUUAGAGGGUGAGGACCACGCAAGAGGAGCGUCGGGCGGGGCCGAGGACGCUUGAGGGCCGGGUGGAUUCAAGUCGACUGAAGGUUGAGCCACACCAUCUUCGAAAAGGAGUUGAGGGCGAUACCACCUUAAGGGGAUAAGGGAGGCGUGGCAAAUAACAGACUUGGAAAGUGCCACUUGGCGGAGGCCGGGCGCGUGUGGGAAACCGAAGGGACUGGAUAUCUCCCAGAACCCCGCUUCCUUUCCCGAACCUGACGCCCUCGGGCCAUGAGUAGUCAGGUGCGGACUGAAGCGCUGCCCGGAGAGCCCCCUCUGCUGGUGACGGGCGAUCCCUACUCCGUGGUGGUUCUGCUGCGGGGCUACGCAGAGCCCGACGGGGUCGCAGGCGCAGUGUACGCCGACGGCUCCGUGACCCUUAUUCUGCCCCAAGUAGGGGCCCUGGCCUCCAGCCACCGAGCACCCUUGUACGAGGGGGACGAGGCGAAGACUGCCCUGGAGGAGGCGGCCCGUGGUCCUAUCCUCGUGGACACCGGGGGCCCCUGGGCUCGGGAGGCGCUCUUGGGGGCGCUGGCAGGGCAGGGCGUGGACCCCGGGGACGUGACUCUAGUGGUGGGGACCCACGGACACUCGGAUCACAUCGGGAACCUGGGGCUGUUUCCCGGGGCGGCCCUGCUGGUGUCGCACGACUUCUGUCUUCCCGGGGGCCGCUACCUCCCCCACGGGCUAAGUGAGGAGCGGCCCCUGCGGCUGGGGCCAGGGCUCGAGGUGUGGGCCACGCCGGGCCAUGGGGGCCAGCACGACGUGAGCGUGGUGGUGGCGGGCACAGCCUUGGGUACCGUGGUGGUGGUGGGCGAUGUGUUUGAACGCGAUGGAGACGAAGACUCGUGGCAGGUGCUGAGCGAAGACCCUGUGGCCCAGGAGCGAAGCCGGGAGAGAGUCCUUGGCAUGGCCGACGUGGUCGUGCCUGGUCACGGAGGCCCCUUUCGGGUGGUCAGAAAAGUCUUGCAGCCAGAGACAGUGUCGGGGAACAGCCGCCGGGAUACCAUGGUUGGAGACAAGGAGCCCACGGUGCACCUACAAGCCCUAAGAGGGACCAGGCUCCUGUCAGGGAAGCCCCUCAGCCGAGGAACUGACGGUCAGGCCCCAAUCAGCCGAGUCAGAGGAGUUGGGCGGUGGUUUCCAGCCUUUUCCGGAGGCCGGUUUUCCAGUGAGGACAGAGUGCCCUUACCUCUGCCACCACCAGUGUCACUGUUUCCACAACCAAACUGGGACCCAGGAUGGGCUCAGUCGUGUGCCAUCUUUUGGGGUCUCUCUAGUAAAAUGGAAGAAUGUUCUUGGGAGGGUUGUCCAAAAUGAAAACAGGCAACUGCGUUGAAAAUACUGCCCUAAUGUAAAUGUGAAGCAUUAGUAGUGCUAAUCAUGUGAAGGUGACAAUCAGCAGCUACAGCAAGGGGCCACUUUUGCCUGUUUUUCAGAGGACACAGGUUGCUGAAAGAAGGUGCAGGGCAUGGAAGUAAUACCUUAGUCGUCUGACUUUGAUUCAUUCGUUCAUCCAGUGAAUAUUUAUUUACCACCUGCAGUAUCCCAAGCACUGCCUAGGUCAUGGGGAUACAGCAGUGAGCAUGCUAGAUAAACUCCCUGCCCCUUAAAGAAAAGAAAACAAGAGCAAUAAUAAUAGAGAUAGAUCGAGUAAUUACAGGUUGUGGUUAGUGAUUAAAGAAGGUGGGGAGGCAAGAAGGGGAAAGAGGGCUGGGAUGGGAGGGUGAGCUUUAUUUAGGAUGGUUAGGAAGAUCCUCCAAGGAGGUGAGUUUGAUCAGAGAACUGCAGGAGAAGAAAGCUGGCCAGAGAGGAUCUGGGGCGGGGUGGGGGGGUGACUUCCAGGCACAGCAACAGCAGAUGUAAAGGCCCUAAGGGUGAGGGGGAAAGCUUGACCUGCUUGAGCAGCAAGAAUUCUAUGGGUUUGUAGUGCAGAGUGCCAGGAGGAGUGGAAGCAAAUGAGGCUGCAGUUAGGCGGGGCUAUCAUGCAGGUAGUGGACCAUGGUAAGGGGUUUGGAUUUAUACAAAGAAGCCUUUGACUUUUGAGCAGGCUAAUGAUAUGGUUUCAUUUAUGUUUUAAAAUAAUCACUCUUGUUCUGAGGGGAGAAGUGGUUUGGCAUGAGGCAAGAAUAGAAUCAGCUGGACUAGUGAGGAAGGUAUUGCAGUCUUCCAGGCAAGAGAAGUUGAUGGUACCUGCUCUUACCCAGAAGUCCUAUUAUGGCCGCGGUCCUCUUCAAACCAUGUCCCAGUCCCCAGGCCCUUCAUCCCCAUGUCCCAGGAACUGCAGAAGCACUCCAGUAGGGCAGACAAAAGAGAGGAGGAAGUCCACUUCAUUGUAGAUGAGGAACCACUCCGGGUGGAUGCUGUCGGGCAGAGCCAGACUGGAGGUCAUUUUUCAAGAGUCCACAAGGGCCACACAGGUCAGCAAAGGCAGCUUGGAGGAGCUGGUUCACCCAGAGGGUGAACCAGUCACUGCCAUACUCAGCCUUGUAGUUGGUGUUGGCCAGUUUGUUGACAACCAGAGUGUGGGGUUCCCAGGGCAAUAGUGUAGCCAUGGCUGCCUGGAUCUCCGCCAAUCAUCACAUAAAGAUGGAGGGAAAGCAGUGAAGUGGGCACCCAGCCCAGAACACCAUGAUCUGGGGCCCUCGGCCACGUCCCCUAGCUCCUGGGUCACGGAGUGCAGGGAGACCGCUGGUGUGCGGAGGGAGCGCAGAGGCCAACUGUAUGCCUGCCAGUCUAGCACUGUGCCCUGAGUACUCUCCAUGGCCAUCUGGGAUCCCAUGUGGCGUAUAGUUCCAACAGCUUCAGGGCUGUGGGAAGGAGGAGGAGGAGGGGGUAGAGGUUAUUUAGAGCUAUGCACUCUCAACUUGUACAAAUAAAAAUUUCAGUCCUGACUUACUUUCCAGAACAUAGGUACUCUGCCCAUGACAGGCCUGGUUGUCCAUGACAACACAUCCCUUUGGCCACACUGUCUCCAGGACGGAUGGGUCCCCUAAGGUAGUUCAGUCCCCUAAGGUAGUUAGGGUUUUUGCUGGAACUAGUAGAAAAAAGUCUAGUCCUUUCCUUCAAGACUGACCUGGGAGGAUGGGUCACCGUGUCAGAAGAGCACACUGCUGCUUGGGCCACCACAGAAAACUGAGAAUGAAGCUAAACAGUAGGGGGCGGAAGUGUGCAGUUAAGAGAACCAGACCUGAUGAGCAGGUUGAGUGCUGAGAGCCCGACCCACUCCUUACCUCUUCACCCCGGCUGAUUACCUCCUUUCCUCCUUUCCUGCCCUAGAUGGUCAGACUGGUUUCAGUCACUUGCAGCAAGAAGACACGUGAAUGGAUAUAAACCAUUAGAGAGAGGCAGUGUGGACAGUGUGGAAAGAGGGUUGAUAGCGAUAACAGAGAGAAAGCAGUGCUUCAAGCAUUGGGAAGUUGGGCCCAGAGCUUUGUAUUCUUAGAAGUUUCUUUCAGCUUCCUUUUUGUGAAAACUCUUAGGAAAACUUGACUUACAUGAUUAGAUUCCUCUACUUAAAAAUAUUAAGUGGCGGUUAGCCAGAGACGGGUGGGAUUCCUCAAGGGAGGAACAACCUAAGACGGGCGUGGUUGCGGGGGGGCCAUCAGGUGAGAAAUUGGGGAUCAGCAGAGGUGGGGCUUGGAGCCUCAACCCCCCUGUUUUGAGAGAAGUCUUCUGCAUCCGUGGAUGUUUUGUUGCCCUUGUCUGGCUUGGAUUGGUGCUUAGCCUGUGGGCACACACCUGAUCGUCUUUCUUACAGCACUAGACUGUGUUUUCUGCCUUUGUCUUGCAUCUACCUACCACUUCAGCAUUUUAUUAAAAAUAAUAAUAAUAAUAAUAAGGGAGAAAUGUGGGAUUCACAUAUAGAUCAAGUAUAAAAAUCAAGCGAAUAUUCAUAUCUGACCUGAUUGUUUGUAAUUCAUAAUGCGUGAUCAAAACUGAAAGUUUCUGUGAUGACUGCCCUUGUACUGUUCACCAUCUAAGAACUUAUUCACUAUUUAAGAAUUUGUUCACCAUGUAAGAACUUGUUCGUUGUGCUUCAGAAGAUCGGAGACUGAUGAGAAUUAGGCUUGGGGUGGAUUAAUGAUUGUGCAUUGAUUCUCCUGUACAGAAUUUUAUUGUUGUUAACUGUUAACAACCAUUUGAUCAAUAAAUAUGAGAGAUGCCCUCUAAAAAAAAAAAAUUAAAACCUCAACAUUCCAAAAAAAAAAAAAAUUCAGUGGCUCCACACUGCUUGCAGAGUAACUCAAACUUUCCCACCCAGUCCCCUCCAAGACAAAGUCUGCUCCAGUUGGCUGGACUGCCUGCUGCUCUCCAGACAUGCCUGUGGCCUUUCCUGCAGGCCUUUCUUCCCACAUCAUCCCGAACAUUCAGGCUCAGCUCAUCUGCUACAGAAAACCUCUUCUGGCUUUUCCAACCCUAUCUUAAACCCUUGUAAUGCAUUCUCUCUGUUAUUCACUUAGCAUAAGAUAAUGCCUGUUGUUGGUCAUUUUUUUCUGAAAACAUCCUGUUCCCACCAUGAGGGCAGAAAGAAAGCAAAUGCUCCUCUGAAUGCUGCACAGCUUGGUGUUUCUCUCUAUAGAUACCACAUAAUAAAUGCUUGCUAUUUUUCUGAUUUA